CUAGCAAAAGCAAGCCUGGUGAGCCUUGCUGCGGACGAGGAACGGCAAAGAGAUGCCAGGCUGACGCUGCGCCUUCCUUUCGCGUGCAAAAUGAUGCGCGCGACGGCUGCCCCAUCGCUCUGAUGGUCCGAGCAAAUGUGGCAGCCUAGCACCCCGGCGCCGCCGCCGCGCGAGCGCGCCGAGAAUGUGCGCGCGAUGAGGAAUGCGCGCGUGGAGAGGCUCGGAACUGACGGGGCCGUCGACGCCUCGACGACGACGUUCUUACGGUCCAUUCCGGCUUUUCAAGGGUUCGGCGAGAAUCAACUAAGGAGAAUCCGGGCCGCGUUGCGGCGGCGGGCCUACGCGGCGCACGAGAUUUUAAUAGAGCAGGGCGCCGCGAUCGGGAGCGACGCGUUCUUCGUCCUCGCGUCGGGCCGCGUGCGCGUCUUCGUUGAUGGGAGGCAGGUAGCUGUAUUAUCUGCUGGCGACUACGUGGGUGAGCGCGCCCUGGUCCUGCGGGAGCCGCGAGCCUCGACCUGCGUCGCCGACGCGGAGGGCUGCGCCUGCCUCGUGCUCGACGCGGAGGCCUUCGAGGACGCCGUGCUCGCCCGGGGAAGCGAGGACCUGUCUCCUUCGAAGCGGACGCGGCGCCGGUCGUCGUGGGUCCGUUCGUUUAAUGCUUAUGAGCACGACGCCCGGGACGAGGGCGCGGGCCGCCUUGGGGCCUUCGCGGCGGACUACGCGGCGCUAUUGUCGGAAACGAGCGGUGACGGGGAUUUCUCGUCCGCGCUUAAUGGUGACGCGCUGUCUCCCGUCAAAGCCGCGGAGCUGCGUCUUUUACUGCUCGCGGAGCUGACGCCGGAGCUGUCCGCGGAGGAAGCCGUCGAUCGUAUCAUCGGCCUCGCGGAGCGCGUCUUUCCUGGGACCGUGGCGGUCCGCGACCCCGUCGCCGGCGAGGCGCAUCGAAUCGUCGUCGCGGAUUCCGCGCUCGCGGCGCCCGUCACGAGCCGAGGCCGGCUCCUCGCGAUCUUGGAGCUGCGGGGCGGAUCCAUCCCGCCGAGCUGGGUGCCGGCCGCGACCAUCUUCGCCGAGGCCCUCGCCGCGCCGUUGGCUUCUUCCCGGACCGCGCGCCGCGAUAGCGUACACGCCGACGACCCGCCGCCACCACCACCACCACCCGCCGCCGGGCUCGAAAAACUCAUCGCCGCGCACGUGCUCCACCGGCCUUCAAAGGAAGAGAAGCGGCUCCUCUGGGCCGCGCGCGAGGCGCUCGUAGGUGAACCACGCGCGCUGCCCAAGGUCUUGCUCGCCGUCGACUGGAGCGUGAAGAGUCAGGUCCGCGAAGCUUACCGUUUGCUAGGAAAGUGGGCACCGCUGCCGCCCCUGCACGCGCUGCAGCUCUUGAGUAAGCGCUUCCCGGACGCGAAGGUCCGCGCCUUCGCGGUGCGCUGCCUCGAGCCUUUAGGUGACGCGGACCUUGCGGCCGUGACGCUGCAAUUGGUCCAGGUCGUCAAGGCCGACCGGUGCCACGACACGGCCCUGAACCGCUUCUUAUUGAGGAGGGCGUUGCGGAGCCCGCUCGUCUGCGGCCACGCCUUGUACUGGGCCCUCGCGGCGGAGAUCGAUAAAGAAACCCACGCGUGCCGCGUCCUGCACGACGUCUAUGCUCGGAGCUGCGGCGCGUACCGCGCGAAGCUCGGGCACCAGGUCUUGCUGGUGAAGCGCCUCGCGGCGAUCUCGGCCAAACUAGCCUCCGUCAAGUCGAACCGCGAUGAUAAAUUGCGGGUGUUGCUUUCCGAAGUCGUCCUCGCGCCGACGUUCCAGCUGCCGCUCUCGCCCUACAUGGUCUGUGCCGGCUUGAAUAUUGAGAAGUGCCGCGUCCUGGGGUCCGCGAAGAGUCCGCUCUGGCUCGAAUUUACGAAUGCGGUCGUCGGCGCGGCGCCGCACGUCGUCAUCUUCAAAACCGGCGACGACCUGCGCCAGGCAGUGCAUAAAUCAAAUUGUCGCGGGACAUCCGUCGCUGUUGAAUCAUGGCUUCCACGCCAUCGACGCGACGUCAACACGAAGGCGUGGCGGUGUGGUGCGCGCCCGACUCACAGAUUGAUUUGCGCACAGGCGCCAAGACCAGCUCACCUUGCAACUCUUGCGGUCGAUGGACGCGCUCUGGCGCGCGCGGGGCCUGGACCUGCGCAUGUCGCCUUCGGUGUGGAAAUCAAAAUUUUACGGCGCGUUCGCUGAAUCAUCGCGUCGUCCUCCACGCCAUCAACGCGACGCCUGCUCGAUGGCGUGGCGAUGCCGGUUCCUCACCGCUCGACCGAGCCAGGACGGCCGCGCACCCGACGCACUGGUUGAUUCCCACACAGGUCGCCUUACGGCUGCGUCGCGACGGCUAGGCACCAGGGCUUCAUCGAGGUCGUGCCGAACGCCUCCACUUUGUCCGAGAUCACGCGCGACGAGCGCUUCCGGCAUGGAGCCCCCCUGCUCAAGUCGGUGCGGAACAGUGCACAAAUCAAAUUCCGAACGCCCGCUCACUGGUUGAUUUGCGCACAGGUGCGGAAGCUCGCUGCGGCAAAGGAGGCCUACUACGGAUCCGAUGCAUUAUUGAAGUGGUUGGCGCGGGCGGCGCGCGAGCGAGCUCCCGCUGUAAGCUUCGGGCCGCCCGGCUCCUUCCGGCACGCGGGCCUCGCGCCACCGACGACGCUGCCGCCGCCGCCGAAGUGGCGCACCGCGCGGAGAAGGGAAGAAGUUAAUCCUCUCCAAGAAGGCUCGCGGGUGUAUAGCGUGCUGGAUCACUUCGUGCGCUCACUCGCGGGGUACAGCGUCGCGACGCGCGUGCUCGGUGUGGGCGACCGGCAUAACGAUAACAUCAUGGUAGCCACGGAUGGGCGUUAUUUUCACGUGGACUUCGGGCAUUUUCUAGGACAUUUCAAGUCCAAGUUCGGUGUGAAGCGCGAGUCGGCUUCGUUUGUGCUGACGCCCCAUAUGGAGACAGUGUUGGGCGGGCGCGGCGCGGGCUACCGCUUCCGGCGCUUCGAAGAGUUGUGCGUCGAGGCGUUUGUCGUCCUUCGGGACGAGGCAGACCACCUCAUGAUUCUAUUGAUGCUCAUGGUCGACGCUGGCAUCCCCGAGCUAUCUAAUUUGGAGGACGUGGCGUGGGUCCACCGCGCCCUGAUUCUCAACGAGCGCGACAACGCCAAGGCUGCCGCGAAGUUCCUGGCGCUCGUCGACGCGGCGCUCGACGACCGACGCACGCGAAGCAUGCACGCGAUCCACAGCCUGGUGCAUACGUCCUAGUAAAUUUUUGUUGGUUGUUGA